AUGGUGCAUUUGCUCUGUUGGCCCGAAACAUAUUUCUUCUAUCCCAUAGGAAAUACGUCUGCUGUAUGUCUUAUCAGAGACCUGGCCCCGGAGGAAUCCGCGAAUAUACUUCUGCUGGGAUGCGGGGAUCCUAGGAAUGUGAUGUAUACGAUCUUCUGCGAAUCCGACGAGAUCACUCGUCCUUUGGACUUCACUUGUUGUGAUAUCGACCCAGCCGUUUUAGCGCGCAACAUAAUCUUGCUCACAAUGGCCGCAGAUGGACACUCACCCUCCACCGUCAUUUGGAACGUAUACAUCCACAUGCAUCUUGACGACAAAUCUCACGCGACACUUGUCGAGCAUUGCUCCAAACUCAUCAAUCACUCCGAGACCAUACAGGGCUGGCGAAACUCUCCGUAUGGGCGCUAUAUCAAGAUGUGUACAGCUUACACUCUCGAAGAAGUACGGCGCCACUGGAGACUUUAUGUUGAAAUGAAAACUCUGCCUGACAAGCGCAUCAAAGCCAUCCGCGAAGCGUUCAAGGCCGUGGCUAAGUCUCGACCGUCUAAAACGCUCGGGAAUGGAGCCAGAUCGGCAGGCCUUUUCAUGAUUCACGCGUUCGAUGCUGCAGCAAAGCUGGAAGACCACUACUGGAAGACCGGGACAACGUUCUUUGACGAUGCGCUUGACACUGCUGCCAUGAAGUUGAAUCCUACCCUGGUAUAUUCACUAGGCGGAGAAGGGUGUAAUGUUCAUUACGGGACCGAUCCGGUGACCCCUUUCCAUCUCGCGCUCGCGUUCAACAACAGUCCGCACUCUGUUCGACCUCAUGACCUCGUCGAGGUUGCCAAAAUCCAGUUCAAGGACUGGUGCACGAGCUUCAAAGCUUCUACCUCCCCUACAAAACCGACGAACCCGGUCGUCCGAUUCAUUGUGGGCGAAGCUACAGCCGUGUCCCGUUCGUUGCAGCUUUUCGUUGAAACAGGCUCACCAGCCUCCUCCAUCCCCGUCGCACCGUGGAAGUCUCAGUUGCUUGUUCUGAGCGAGGGAGACGUUUCUAGUGCUUUGCGUCGCGACAUCGAGGGUAUACCCCCGCCGCUAUUCAACGUAAUCGACACUUCGAACUUGGUCGACCAUAUUGGUGUUUUGAACGUCCUGACCGCCGCGAUCCCAAUGCUUUCCGCAUACCCCCACGCGAGUGUCAUGUACACCGAGUCACUCAUAUCCAAAGAGAAGAAUGCCACCAAAGACUUCAUCGAUCGUCUGUAUUCGGAUGUCACGCUCAUGAACAUGCUCAUCGGUGUCUGUCCCGUGGACUACGUGUCCGGGUUCACAACACGUUCCAAUACGCACGAGCUCAUGGCCUACGAGAUCGCCUUAAAGCGGACCGCCACCCAAUUCCAUCAAGUUACCACAUGGAAGUCGCCACCGACGAUCGAGUCCGAUUCAUCGAUCUGGAAGCAAGCCAGUCGACCGCCUGUGUUCGACCCUGUGGAGCUUGGGACCCAUCUUUACGACAUGUACCAUCGCAUGUUCGAGGAGGAGGACAGCCGCACAUGGUUUCAGCGAAACGGCGCGCGUAGAAACCUUCUCGGAGCCCUCACUCACGCUAACCGUGAUCACUAUUCCCGCGAGAGCUUUGUCCUGUUCCUGAAGAUGGUCAGAGACAGACUGAGGCUCUCGCCGGCGCAGUGGGGCGACGUCCUGGAACGUUUCUUGGGAAUCUUGGACGCCGAUCGAUCCAUGCCCAUGGAUCUGAACAACUGCCAGGACUUACAUGGUCAGCUCUGGCGCCACGGAGUCCACGACCCGCCCGCCUACGUAUCUUCGCCCCCGCUCAAGAUAGGUCCGUUUUCAGAAUGGGACGUUUUACCCACCAUGGUCCGAAUUUUCCUCGUCGUCCCUCGCGAGAGCUUAGCUAUUUUCCGCAAAUAUCCUGCCCAUUCACCACUUUUGCAAUGCGACAUCAAAGGCAAGAGCAUACAUAAUAUCUUCGCAGGACUGCAUCCUAUGUGGGGACGCAUUACUCGCACGGGAACACGAAGGAGACCUUCCGUUCAAUUCAUAGAGGAUCCCGCAGGCCUACGGGGAGACGCGCCUCUCGUCGUCUCAUUCACGAUAGCUACCACGUACUUGACUUCCUUCGAACAUCCCAAUACGCUCAGCGCUGGGUUCGCGCUCCGAUCGACCGUGGGAUCCGGGACAUUUUUCGGUGAUUUAGACGGUCAUCUCACUGUCUUCCGCGCACCCCUUACGGAUCAAUCGCGUGUCUAUAUCGUUCCCGAGCAGCGUUCCGUCGGUGCUGUUCGCGUGGCGCCUACCUCCUCCACAAUCGAGUCUUGUGGCGCUAUCGGAACAUCGACGCCUGCUUUUGUUCGCCUUGACGAAGACUGCGAGGCGGUUCAGUCGUUGACUGUCAAGUUGUCUGUGGAGGGCGAGGCCUUGCAGGAGCUCUUCCGCACCUCCACUCCACGAGUGACGCAGAUCUCGCCUUCCGCGUUGAACGUGGCCAUUGGCUCGUCAAGUCAGGAUAUCGUGUACCCUUUCCCUAUCAUGAGCGAAUCUCGAAAGCUUCGUCUCGCGAGAACUUCACAUUAUCUCGAGGUGGUCGUCCCCGUCUUUCGUCCAUUCCAAACAGAAGGCAUGAAGCUCGAUCCAUUCUGCGUCUUCAACCGGCCACAGGGCAUCAGCCCAUGGAAUAUCCACCGAGUCAACUUGAAACGUCUCCCGAUCCUCAACAUAUCCAACGCCUCUAACCUCGAAGAAUGGCUCAACCCUCACGUCGGCUCUCAACUCUCGCAACGCGAACGCGCUCUCCACAACAGUACAGAGAAGAACGCAAACAAGGAGAAGAAAAAUAAAACACAAAACAACCUCGCACAGCAGGAUCCGCUCGCGGCUCUCAAAAUACGCCUCCACGGGAUAAUCAUGCGUUCUGCAUGCUUACCUCUGGCUCUGCAGGACCCCAAAACAGGGAAGAACAACUGCGACAUGCUCCUCUUCGUCGAUGAGCUGAGGUUCGAUCUGCCGUGCCAUACCGUCAUUUGCGACGCCUUCGUGCUUCCGCUCCAGCACGAGCUGAUGAACAGGAUCGAACCCGACUUUGUCAAGCUCCUCCGUGGUGGACCGCCGCAGAAUAUAAAUACCACAGUGACGAUCCAUCCGGCGGAGAUGCAGCUGUGGAAACGGCUCUUGCCCGCCCUCGUCGAGCGAUCGCGCGCGUCGUGGACGCACGGACCCAACUGCGAGUACAAAUCCGCAGGACGUAUUCCACUGUCUACCGACAUGGAGAAGGUCCCGCUGUGUAGCUGUGGGAGAGGGAAGGACGUCGAGGGGAUGCAGAAGGUCGAACUGUGGCGGCCGUUCGCGCCACAUGUUACGAGGCUGGCGCUUUCGCCUUUGUUUGCAGUUUCGUACCUCGAGACGGUCAUUCGCGAUCCGGAGGCGAGGAAGUGUUUUGCGUGCAGAGGGAAGGGUAACCCGAAGUUGAUGGAGUGUAAGGGGUGUAGGAAGGUAAGGUAUUGUUCGGUUGAGUGUCAGAAGUUCAAUUGGGAGGAGCACAAGAAACGUUGUAAGGCGUAG